GGACAAAAGAUGAAGAUCAGGCGCUCCUCUCGGAGAUGAGCAGUUGAUGUGCCACUUCUGAAAACGGUGGAACACUCCUUCCUUCCUUCUCUUGGUCAUCAGUUGAACUGUUGUGAUCCUAUAACUGUGAACUGACAGGACACUUGGUGGUCAUUGUUGGUUGUGCUGUGCAUGUGAUCAGUGAUUCUUAGGAACAAAAUGAAUCUGCGGAUUUCUCAAUUAUUGAGCAUGAAUUGUAUAAGCGUGGCCUUGUUCAUGUUCUUAUGGUCGAAUGCACUAUCUGAGAGCGCUCUGAAAAAUCACCGAGCGGAAAAACGUCAAGAUGGCAGUUUUCUCUUUUUCGGUGGAUGGAGACCUUUGAAAACGAGGAACCCUUACUAUCAAGGAGCUGCUUCUACUCGCUUUCAUGAUAUUUUGUCAGCUCUUCCACACAACUAUGAUGCAGCUGCAAGUUAUUAUGCCCAUGCUUUGCCAACACAGUACCACAAAGAUAUCUACAGUUACUAUCCAAGACCAGCAAUAAAAUCAACACCUAAAAAGAACACGCCAGUUUAUAUGGAAAGAUUGCGCCCAUUGAAGCAACAGCAGAAGCAAGGUGUCAGAGGCAUAUCGCAUGGAGGUCCCCAAUUCAUUGACUUUCCUAAUUUAGAUUUUACACAACUAAAAGAACUUCAUCAAGCUAUCAUACAUAAUAAAGAAUUGCCAAUAACGCCACUGAAUAUACCGAUUGAAAGUGCUAAACCUUUGGAAAUAGUUCAAAUAUCUUUGCAAUCAUUACAUCCAGGUAUUCAGAAUUAUGCUUUCGGUAACAAUAAUGGAUAUGGUGCAAGAACAAGAAGUGCACCUAGAGGUCGCAAAUCCGGACAUCGUAGAAUUCCACAGAAUCACAGACCAGCAGUUCAAUCUCCAGUAGAGUAUAAAUACAUCGCUGUGCCUAAAACUGCUCAACAUCAUCCAAAGGAAAUAGAAAUAGCACCCAUAAAAUUACCUCAACAUGGUGUUUCUGUUGAAGAAGUUGAUGUUAAAAACGUUCAAAUCAUUGAAGUACCGCAAAUUGUUUCUUACGGAGUACAAAAUGGCAAAAGUAGUUCCAAAUCUCAAUACAGCGGCAAAUCUAGCACUCGAUCUAAUCAGCAAUAUAAAUCAUCGGCUCAGAGCUCACCACAGAAAGGUUCCCCUGUCUUUUCAUAUUACGCACAUCAAACAGAACAACCUAGGAAACAUUACCCACCACCUCAAGUAAAGUCUAACCCUGUUCAACAUCAACCACAGAUAGAAGCUGAACUUGUCAAGCUAAGUGAGGAAGAUCUGAAGCAUUUGCUCUCCAAUCUACAAGUUCUUGACAAAGGGCAUCAAGACAUUUUGAAAUAUGUUCCUUUAAAUAAUAUUGGGCAUUUAAAAGAUGAAAAUAUUCAAUUAGUAGUAUCUCUACCAGAAACGGGACAUAGCCACGGAGGUAAUUCAAACUAUGAAUCUCAGGGUGGUUAUUCAAAUGGUCAGUAUGAAUCUAAAAGGCAGUACGCAGGAGAAUCUCAACAAACUGGUUAUCCAUCAAAAGAAAGCGGUGGUAGCUACGGUCAAAAUUCGGGUAAUUACCAAACUAUUGAACAUAAUAGUGUUGGUUAUCAAGUUGAAGAGCCAAGAUCCAAUGGCAUUCACUAUGAGCAAGUAAAUUAUCAAACCGUUGAACAGCAAUCUGGUUAUGAUCAUCAACAAGGUUAUCAAAACAACGAGCAACAAGAUUCGAAAGGUAAUUAUCAAGAAGAUGGUCAGCAGUAUUCAAAGUCAAACGGAGAAGACUCUAAAGAGCAAUCUGGAGCCUAUGGAGAGAGAGAGCCAUCUUAUAUCCAGGUUAUUGCCCCCCAAACAGAUGAAAACGGUUACAGAAGAGAACCAGUUCUCGCCAUUGAGAUCCAACAUGGACAAACUGUUGAAGAAGCGAUAAAAGCUUUAGAUCGGGAAACUUUGGCAAAAUUAGGAACUCAUGGAAAGAAUGGAAUAGAAAUUGAAGUAGUUGAAGUUCCAGUCGACGAUUACGUUUCAGAAUCAAAGAAAACAGAAACUUUUGUGUCUCCAAAAAACACAACAGUGAUACUGAGAGCUAAAAAGGUGACGGAAGAAAAAUCUUAACUAUAUGAAAUAGAACUUGAACAAAUAAUCUUGCCUUAUGUAUUAUAAGCUUGUCAUGGUUCGGCGGACUCAUGGGCCAAAUGAGCUAUUGCCUAGCGUCGAUACAAAAUGUAAAUUGUGAUGAACUUUAUUUGUUUGCGUUUUCCUGCAUAUUUACUGGAUAAAAAAGAAUACAAAAUAUUACGUCACCUGAGUGUUAUACAGACUUUUUUAAUAAUUUGAAAAGAAUAUGCAAAUGUUUUUCUUUUGUUACUUUUUUUCUCUUCUUCUGAGAUAAAAUAAGCUGAGAUAUACUAUGGUUAUUUUCAAAGUGAAUAAUUACCUAGACACUUUAUGAAAUUCGAACUUCAUGCAUAUGCAUGCCAAGUUAAAGUGAAGACGGAUAAAAUUUCACAUUUGAAAAAAAAAAAAACCGAAAAAAAUUUACAAACAAAAUAGUAUUUAUUGAAAUAAACUUGUUUAGGAUUACUAUAUACAUUAAAAACAUAUAUAGUUAAGAACAAUUUAUUUUGAGAAUCAUUUAAAGAACUGUCAUCAAAUGAUUCGAUGGCAUUAUUCGAAAGAAAUAGUGAUGUUAUCUUUGGUAAAUUUGAUAGAGCAGUGAAUAUAGUCAAUGCAAAUUAUUAUUACUAAUGUAAAUAAUUUGUCAUACUAUACCAAUUCCCUUAAUAAUAUGAUCUUAAUUCGUCAAUGAUAAUAGGAUAUCGUAACUCAAUAGUACCAUCAUUCAAAAUAAAAAUUACAGUAAUAUUUAUACCUCAUUCUUUUUAUUUUUUUAUUUUAGGCAGAUUUGCAGAUAUCAUACUUCGAAAGAUUCUAUCUUAAAUAUGAAGGGUAGAAAUUAGAAAACUUAAAGCAGUAUAAUUGAUUUUUUUUAUAACUUAGGAGAAAAAUGUAGUAUUCAUUAGAAUUGUUUUAUUGAAUCAUAUUCAAAUAUUACUUAAAAAAUAAAAAGAAACUCAUUAGAUAAAUUUAUAGAACAUCUAUUUUGUAUUCUUUUUUCCAGGAGAUGUGCUAAAAUAACAAACUGCCACAUUUGUUUGAUAUUGAGUGUUUUUAAUCAAUAUUUUCAAUAUAAUGUUCUCAGAGUUGACAAAUCAGAUGAAUAGAUCUAAAUUAUAUGCAUUUUAAUUUACGUUAGAAAAAUUUAAAGAAUUGAAAAAACUGGGAUCAUUUAACAAAUUAAAUUAUAAACAAAAAAUUUUUCUUUCAUAAAUUUAUAUUUUCACUUAAUAUUUUUUUAUUUAAAUUGUGUUGAAUAUCUUAUAAUUAAAUGUUUAUUUUCACCGUAAACAUCGUGCCAUGUCAUUGCCUGUAUUGUCAUUCUCAAAUUGUUCCUCAGAAUAUGUUAUAUAACUAGAAUAAAAAAAUAAUUUGAGUUAUUAAAUACCAAUAAAAAUUCUAUUGCUUCAUUAUAAACAGUUUUUGCUUAUCCAGAUAAUUGGCGAACUUUUGUAAUUAAUCUUCAAUAAAUGUAAUAUUUACAAGUCUCAAUUAAAUUAUAUUUGAAUUAAAAUUUGGUUUUAAAAAUGAAUAUUUUUAAAUGAAUUUAUCAUGUUAUUUUUUGCAUAAAAUUUCCGGAAACAAUGCCAAAUUUGAGGUAUUCAAAAUUUUGGAAUAAAAUCGGAUUUGAUGGAAUUUGGUUUCCUUCAAAGUAUAUUUAUUUUAAAUGUAUUGUUCAUUUAAAGAAUAAUAAUAAAUAAAUAUAAUAACAAUUUGGAGUUUAUAAUGUAAAUCAUGAUGUCAAGCGCGAGAUGUGCGUUUUUCUCUUUGUACAUAUUUCUAACUCUCUGACAUUUUUUCUGUUUGAAAUGGCAGGUCCUUGUUUCUAAAAAUGUUUGUAAAGUACUUUAUGAUAUUUGAGAACAAUUUUAGGACAGUUAAAUGUUUCACUUUUUGCCAUAAAUUGUUAAUGUUUUGAUUUAUCAUUUCUAUUUAAAU